UUGGCUUUCUGGCUUCCUGGCUGUUGGAUGUAAUCAUCCGGAUCAGUACUGUCCCGGGCUCCUGGCAUGGCACACACUGACUACUUCUCUUAAAUCAAGUGUCCAAGACGAAGCAGAAGACUACACUGUGCACGGCCUCAUAAAGAACCCUGAUGUAAUCCUGUGUUGUCUAAACGAGCUGAUGGAUGAAGAUGAGAAAGAUAGAGCAAAGAGGGCAUCACGGAAUAAAUCUGAAAAGAAGAGAAGAGAUCAGUUUAAUGUUCUCAUUAAGGAGCUGUGUACAAUGCUGCAAGGGCACGGACACCCUCUUAAAAUGGACAAGUCCACUAUACUUCAAAGGACCAUUGAUUUCCUGCAGAAACAGAAAGAAAUUACAGCACAGACAGACGCCUGUGAAAUCAGGCAGGACUGGAAACCUUCUUUUCUUAGUAAUGAAGAGUUUACCCAGUUGAUGUUAGAGGCUCUAGAUGGCUUCCUCAUUGCGCUUACCACUGAUGGGAUGAUAAUUUAUGUUUCUGAUAGUGUUUCAUCUCUGCUUGGCCAUUUACCGUCAGAUUUAGUGGACCAAAAUAUAUUGAAUUUUCUGCCGGAGCGAGAACAUGGUGAGGUGUACAAGUUGCUGGCACCACACAUCCUCAUGACAGAACCUCAAGAGUUUUUCAACAAUGAAAAACAAUUGGAGUUUUGCUGUCAUUUAGCAAGAGGAAGUCUUGACCCAAAUGAACCUCCCACUUAUGAAUAUGUAAAAUUUGUUGUAGAUUUUAAGUUUUUUACACAUGUGCCUACAUCUUCAUUUAAUGGUUUUGAGUCAGCUGUUGCAAGGGCAUUCCGGUCAGCCAGCGAAGAACAGAUAUGUCUUGUAGCCACAGUAAGACUUGUCACUCCACAAUUUCUCAAGGAACUGUGUAAUGUUGAGGAGCCCUGUGAAGAAUUCACGUCAAGACACAGUUUAGAGUGGAAAUUUCUAUUUUUAGACCACAGGGCCCCACCUAUAAUUGGCUACUUACCCUUCGAAGUGCUGGGCACUUCAGGUUAUGAUUACUAUCAUGCAGAUGACCUGGAGCUGUUAGCGAGGUGCCAUGUUCACUUAAUGCAAUAUGGAAAAGGAACAUCCUGUUACUACAGGUUUUUAACCAAAGGCCAACAGUGGAUCUGGCUACAGACACACUACUACAUCACUUACCACCAGUGGAAUUCCAAGCCAGAGUUCAUUGUUUGCACACACACCGUUGUUAGUUAUGCUGAAGUUCGAGCAGAGAGGAGGAGAGACCUUGGGCUUGAGGAAUCAGCUUUAGAACUGGCAGACCCAUCAUUAAAGAGCCAGAACACUUACUUAGAAAUUAGACAAUGUACAAAUAAACAAGAGCCCAGCAGAGAUGGACUAUCUGUGUCAUCACACAGCUCCCGCAGAUCAUCUCAUACUGCUCUCUCAGACUCUGCAUCAACUUCAUCUAUGAGACAUACAGAGGCCAGCACACCCUCCAGACACUCCUUAAGCCAACAGGAUAAACCCCAGAUCAGAAUGGCGCCCAGUGCAAACCAGCCUGUAGCACCUGCUCAACCUCCACCUGAACAUCUAAAACAACACCAUGUUGUCCAACCAACUGUUUCACCGCAGCAAGCUAUCUUGCCAGUGUAUCACUACCCACCCCAAUUGGGAAUGGUGAACCAGCUAAAGGAGCAGCUGGAAGAGAGAACACGAAUAUUGCAAGCAGACAUCAAAAAUCAGCAAGAGGAAUUGCAUGUUAUCAAAGAACAGCUACAGCUAGUGCAAGAUUCCAAUCUUCAGAUGUUGGUGCACCAACCAAUCCCUCCUGGAUUUAAUAAUAAUAUUCCGCAGACGGACCCAAGGAGGGUGUCCCGCCAGCAGAAUGUGGUCUCCAUGCAAGGCCUGGAAAUGGGAAAGAGUUCAAAACGCUUUUGUGCAUCUCAAAUACCCACAAGUCACCAGUAUGUGACCACCAGCCAGAAUACAACACACCAGCAACACUCGCAACCUCAGCAACUCCAGCAUCCACAAGGACAACAACACCAGCAAGUGCAACAAGUACAGCAACACCAGCAAGUACCACAGCAGCUACAGCAACAAUUGCAACAGCUGCAACCGCAGCAUCAUCACCAACAGCUACAUAAACAGCAACACCAGCAUCAGUUACAAAGGCAUCAGCUGUUAAUGAGAGGAAAUCAGACACAGCAGACAGCAAUGUCUUUACAGACUCAUGGUAACAUUGUGAUGCCGCUGUAUAACAACACAAUGAUGUUUUCACAAGCUCACCCUUCUACUGCCUCUUUGAGGAUUUCCACUGAAACUGGGGAAAGACCACAGCCACCUGAAUAUGGCCAGGAAAGGCAUCUGAGGUUUGUUCAGGAACCACAAAUGCGGUCUCACUCCUUACAGAUUCAACCAGUCACUUGCAGUACAGUGAUAGCCUCUCAUCCUCCUCCAAUCUAUACCCCCUCUGUCAUGAUCCCUCAGUCCAGGUUUACCCAACAACAGACCCACCCAGCAGUUCACCUACACCACUGCCAGCAGCAACAAGUCCAGCCACAACAUCUGUAUCUUCAGAUGCAGACUUCUGAUUCAAUGCAAACAGGCCAGCCUCAAAGAAUUUACCAACAACCUCACAUUCCUCAGCAGAACACCGUGAGCUAUUUUCUGCAUCCUCAACAGCAAAGUCAGUCUGGAAACAUGCCUGACCUACCUGAGAUGCAGCUCCCGUAGUGCACCAGGAUGGAAGAAGAGCUCUUGCACCAGAGCUUUACAAUAGUAAUGCAUACUGAAGGGCCUCAAGGAGCCCAAUGUCUGUAGCACUCCCAGCCCUCUGAAGAAGGGCUCAGACCUAGAAGUGUUCACAAAAGCUCUAAGCUGAAAGAUGAUGGCCAAAACAGAAUGGAGCAGGGACAAAAGCAAGAAACCCAUUUUGAUGAUAUGAUAGAUUUCCAGCUGCCUUUAAGUAGAACCAAGAUUUUCUAUGAGUUUUUAUGUCAUUUAAAAAAAACAUACACCAAAGUGUUUGUCAGGGGCUAUGUAUCAAUCUGCCAAAGCUCAGACAGUGGUCUGAUAUAUAAAGAUCCUUUUCCGAUAAAACAAGUGUAUUAUUAUAGGUACCGAGCUAAUAACCCGUGUAAGCUAUGAAUGGUGUAGCACAGUGCAUUAUGGGUCAUGGUUGUUUGAUAUUUAUAUGGUUUAAAUAACCUCAGGCACUAUUGUUUGUUUUACUGUAGAUGACCAUAUUGUUUGAAAGUUGGAGAUAAAUGUACUUCUAAGUGGUGU